AUGGGGCGAAAGCUUGGUCUCUUCCGGGCUAUUUGCCUGGUGUCUGCUAGUUGCAUGGGCUCUUUUGCCUUUGCCUUUGACACCGGUGUUAUCAGCGGCGUCCUCACCCUAUCAUCAUUUCAGAAUGAUUUCGGAUAUACUACAGCUCAGAAGACCUCGGUGAAUUCCAAUGCUGUUUCGAUCCUUCAGGCAGGCGCUUUCUUCGGCUGCUUCUUCACGACUCCCAUUGCGAAAUAUCUCGGUCGACGACUUGGGCUCAUUGUUAGCUCCUUGGUCUUUACUGUUGGCACCAUCCUGCAGGUCAUCAACUCCCACACGCUGGGCACCUUCUAUGCUGGUCGUGUUAUCGCUGGACUCGGCAUUGGAGCUGCUACUGUGUUGAUUCCAGUGUACGCGGCCGAGAUGUCGCCCAAAGAGUUCCGGGGUCGGCUCGGGGCAUGCUUCCAGCUCUUCUUCACUCUGGGGGUCAUGAUCGCAUACUGGGUCACAUACGCUGUGGCCAAGGAUCAGCCGUCCGCGACGAAACAAUGGCAGAUCGCUCUGGGCCUGCAACUGCUGCCUUCUUCCCUUCUUCUGUUCGGGAUGCUGGCCGUCAAAGAGAGUGCCCGCUGGCUCGCAUCCAAAGGCAGGAUAGACCAGGCCCGCGAAUCGCUCAAAUGGGUCCGCGGCGGCGAGGAGACCGAAGAGCUCCAACAGGAGUUCGACGAGAUCCUGGCCGGCAUCGCGGAGGAAGCCCGCAUCAAGGAGGGCUUUACUUUCCGCGAGCUGCUCCUCCCGGCCAACCGGUACCGCCUGUUCAUCGCCUUCACCAUCCAGCUCGCCGCUCAACUGACGGGGAACACGUCGUUGGCAUACUACGCGACCCAGAUCUUCUCGGCGGUCGGGGCCGGCAAUUCCAGCAAGCUCGUGACGGGCUUCUUCGGGCUGGUCAAAGUGGUCGGCGUGUGCGUCUUCCAGCUCUUCGUCCUCGACCGCGUCGGCCGCCGCUGGCCGUUCAUGGUCGGCGCCGCCGCCAUGGGCUCCUUCAUGCUGAUCAUCGCCUGCGUGCUCGCCACCCACCCGACCAACGCGUCAGCUACUCACGCCUCCCCGGCCGGCAUCGCCAUGAUCCUCAUGACCUACUGCGAAGCCUUCAGCUACAACAUGUCCUGGGGUCCGCUCCCCUGGCUCUACGUCGGGGAGAUCUUCAGCAGCCGCAUGCGGGAGAUCGGGGUCACGGUGGGGGCGGCGUCGCAGUGGUUGUUCAAUUUCAUGAUGUCGCAGAUCACGCCGCAUGCGAUCGAUAACAUCGGGUGGCGGAUGUUCCUGAUGUUUGCCAUCUUCAAUUACGCGGUGGUGGUCUACGCGUACGUGUUUCUGAAAGAGACCUCGCAAUACUCCCUAGAGGAGAUGCAGCAUGUCUUUGGUGGAGAUAGGCCUCCUACGGAUGAGAAAAUAGUAGAGACUGGCGAGGCGGGUCGGACCUCUGGGGAAAUCCCGGAGGAGACUGGUGGGCACACGCAUGUCACGACGCCGAAGGUGGAAUGA